CGUGCCCGUGCGCGUCCAUCCCGGCGCCUGGUCAGAUCGAAAUCCACGGCACUCCGCCGCCACCAUCACAUGACAAUAGAUGACGUGAAUGUUGCAAGGAUACCAAGGAGACAACGCGUAUUCCGCCGUGCUACCGUACGCAAGCUCGAGGAAGAGUCGCCGCCGCUCGCUGUCGGGGCCAUUGUCGCCAUUGCAGUCGGCGCUGUCAUUCUCGGGAUCCUCGCGUGCAUUUGCAUUCGCCGUGUGCGCCUUGAAAACAGACGCAAGAAAACCCAGAUGCGGCUCGACCGCGCUUUGCUCGAAGGUGCCCAAUGUCAGGAUGCAGCACCUCCACACGUGGCCACCCUGCCAGACCAUCAAGUCGCGCCGCCCUUGUACCCCACACUGUCGUCCUCUUCUGCGCCAAAGUGUCCAAAGAACUCCGACACGAGCAUUCACCAAACUCCAAUCGAACAUGUUGUUGGCAGCUCAGACUCGGACGACUUUGUCAUCAUGGGUACCAAGGGAAAACCACCUCUAAUCCCAAACUUCGCCAAGGCCAACAAAACCGGCAUGCACCUCACUUCAUCGACAGCGUACAUGCACAGUGCUUCCACGAAGCCAACUCCUGCUCCAGGUAUUCCAGGUAGCCACACGGAAUCGAUGUUUGUCGCGUCGUUCAUCAGCGACGAUAUUGCGAUGCUUCAGUCCACGCGCGGCGGCAGUUUCGAUGCCGAAGUAGUCGAGCACAUGAAAGGACGAGCCGUGUAGGGCUCCAUGCCCCGUGCCAGUUUGUUGUUAUCAAUGUCCGGUCUUCUGUGACUCAUGGGAUGCUUUGCACUUGCGAGGUUCGUACUCGGCUCAUGUUGGCGUGAAUUGGGUCGCAUUGUCAGCAUCACCGAUGCACGUUCACCUUGGCCGUUCUGAAGGCUGCGUGCAGCAAGUGAGUAGAACAGUCCUAUGUCCAUACUCACAGGCUCGUCGCGUGCCCUCCCCUUCCUCACGCAUGAUCAGCCAACAACCUUGCGCUUCGUGCGGCGUUCGUCUUGCGAGUUGUUGUUUCCGCGCGCUUCGGCAAGAAAAUAAUAUUCAUCGAUAUCUAGUUCAAAUGAAUUUUAAAUGACUGAAUAAAAUCACUGCAUUC